AGAGGAGCGCAUUUAGCAUUUUUUUUCUGCUCAUUCUUAGCCUCGUGUUGAGCAUCCUCUCAGUACACACACUCCCACGAGUGAGUGGGCUUACACACACACACACACACACACACACACACUCUCUCGCACACAGGGGCUUGCUCUUCACGCUGCUCUCUCUCUUUCACACUCACACACACACGCACGCACGCGCUUGCACGGAGAGUGAGAGAGAGAGAGAGAGAGAGAGAGAGAGAGAGAGAGAGAGAGGCAGCUGGUGAGAAGCCAUCUCGCAAAAGGAGGAUCCCUGCGAAAGAGCGCACGGCAGAGCGACAGCACGCGGAACAGAAGCAGAGGGAGAGAGAGAGAGAGAGUGUGUGUGAGAGAGAGAGAGAGAGAGAGAGAGAGACAAAGGGAAGGAGGACAGAAAGGCAGGAGCGAGCGAAUAGGAAGAGGAGACAGCACCAGGAGACACUGCCCCGGCACCAGAGAGCGAAAGGAAGAGGACAAGAGGGGAGGAGGAGAAAAAAAGAGAGAGAGCGAGAGAGGAAGAAAAGAGAAGCCAGGAGCACCGGGAAACAACUCACUGGCUCUGGUGGCGGCAGAGCACUCCGAAGCACCAUGGGAAAUGCACCGUCUCAAGCCAACGCUGCGGCCUGUUAUCCAAAGCAAGAUCCCGAGCGUGGCGGGACGCACAUGAUCUCCACCGAUGACUUGGAGUACCCGCGCGAGUACCGCUCGCUGGGCGGCGGCGGCCGGCGCUUCUCCAACGUGGGCCUGGUGCACACGUCCGAGCACCGGCACACGGUCAUGGCCGCCCAGAGUCUGGAGGCGCUCAGCAACCUGCACAAGGUGGACAUGGAGCGCAAGCGCGACGCCUUCAUGGAGCACCUGAAGAACAAGUACCACCAGCAGCAGCAGCAGCAGCAGCAGCAGCAGCAGCAGCCGCACUCCCUGCCCCCGUCACCCUCGCCCUCACACUCCAGCAUGAGGGAGCGGCCGCAGGAGAGGAGCGCCCGCGAGCAGCAACAACCAAACUACUGGAGCUUUAAGAGUCGCAGUCCGAGGCACUCGCAGUCCACCCAGUCGGGCCUGGCUGACCAGGCCAGUAAGUUGUCACGCAAGGCUGCCGAAAGCACCGAGACCAUGUCCCCAGGCCGACCUCCCGCUUGUUUCAGCAGCUUAGUUUAGCUCCGCCAGAGCCUCCCUCUCUCUCUCUCUCUCUCUCUCUCCUCUCUCUCUUCCCCAGGCGUGCUGUUCCUGCAGUUUGGUGACGAGACACGACGCGUGCACAUCACACAUGAGCUGACCAGCAUGGAGACGCUGCACGCGCUCAUCGUGCACAUGUUCCCGCAGAAGCUGACCGCCGGCAUGCUCAAGUCGCCCAACACGGCCAUCCUCAUCAAGGACGAGGCGCGCAACGUCUUCUACGAGCUGGAGGACGUGCGUGACAUCCAGGACCGCAGCAUCAUCAAGAUCUUCCGCAAGGAGCCCAUCUACGCCUCCUACCCAGCCUCACACCUCGCCAACGGAGACCUACGGCGAGAGAUGGUGUACACCUCCCGCGAGUCCUCGCCCACGCGCCGCCUCAACACACUCCCCUCGUCCUCGUCGGCCUCCCCCCCCUCCAACUCCCCGGCUCGCUCCCGCCUCUCCUACAGUGGCACCACCGGCCGCCCGCCCUCCUUUCCCCCGCACCCCCACGCCGGGGGUCACCACGGCGGCCACCCCCACCACGGCCCCCAGUCGGCCAACGCUGCCCCGGGCCUCUCCCACUCGCCCAGCGCCAUCCUGGAGCGCCGCGACGUCAAGCCCGACGAGGAGGUGUCGGCCAAGAGCCUGGUGCUGCUCAAGAACGAGGGCCUGUACGCUGACCCAUACAGCCUGGUUCACGAGGGCCGCCUGAGCAUCGCGUCCACCCAGUCGCUGGCCGCGCUGUCGGGGCCGCUGGACCCGCUGGGCCCCACCGGCUUGUACCGGCGUGGCUCCAUGCGCUCGCUCAGCACCUACUCCGCGGCCGGCCUGCAGGGCGGCGAUAUGGAUGACCCGCUGUACCGGCCCGGUGCGGGCAUCUACACAGACACCUACGCCACGCUGGGCUUCCGGCUGCCGCCGUCCUCGCCGCAGAAGAUGGCGUCAGACGGGCCGGCGAUGAGGGACCGCGACGUGUUCUCCAGCCCACCCAGCCGCGCCUCACCCGUCCGGCAGAGCUUCCGCAAAGACUCGUCCUCGUCCAUGUUUGUGGAGAGCCCCAAGUCCAGGCCCAGCUCUAGCUCCGAGCCCCUCAGCCUGCAGAGCGCCAACUCCCCACUGGCCGGCAACGAGACCGAGACGCGGGAUCGUAUGGAGGCUAUGGAGAAGCAGAUUGCCAGUUUAACUGGUCUAGUGCAGAGCGUGUUGACCAGAGGCCCGGACAGCGACAGCACGUGCGGCCUGCUGCGUCUCUGCAUGAUGGCGGGCUGCCCUCCGGACCAAGGGGUGGAGUUUUCACGGCCCUUCCCUUUCUCUUCCAGCGAGAAGACGGAAUCAGCCAGCGACGGCUCGGCCACAGGAACUCGCCGUCACAAGAGGAAAGAUCAGACGCCCUCUGCUCCGUUGGCGCUCAUGCCACCACCCCCGUCUGGGGGAAGCCCUGCUAGCACAGUGUCUAAGCUACAAAUGCAGCUGCACCUGCACGACCUGAAGCAGAACGCCACCGACCUGCGCAAACAGCUCAGCCACCUGCGCAAGAUGCAGCUGCAGAACCAGGACUCGAUGCGCACCCUGAUGAAGCGUACGGAGGGCGAGAUCACCAUGCGCGUGUGCGACGCGCUGCGGAAGCAGGAGGACCCCCUCCAGAGACAGCGCCUCCUAGUGGAGGAGGAGAGGCUCAAGUACCUCAACGAGGAGGAGCUCAUCAUCCAGCAGCUCCAUGACCUGGAGAAGUCUGUGGAGGAGAUCCAGAAGGACUCGACCACCAACCACAAGCAGGUGCCCAUGCAGGAGCUGGAGGAGAAGGCUGCCGUGCUGCGCAGGCUGGGGGAGACCCUGACGGAGCUGAAAAACCAGUUCCCAGGUCUGCAGAGUAAGAUGCGGGUGGUGCUACGUGUCGAGGUGGAGGCGGUGAAGUUCCUGAAGGAGGAGCCCCACAGACUGGAUGCUCUGCUCAAACGCUGCAGGACCAUCACAGACACACUCACAGCAUUGCGCAGGCAAGCCACUGAGGGUGUGUGGAAGAGCCAGGAGGAUGGCAUGGCGGAGGACUACAGGAAGAGCGCGGACUUUGACCUCCCCACCAGCCCCCCACUGAGCAUCAGCGACAACCUGUCCAACUGGAGCCCCCACUCCAGCUCCCCCCACGCCCACGCCCACUCGUCCCCCGGCCAGAAGGAGAGGGACCCCCUGAAGGGCCGUGAGGAGCAUGGGGGCCGCCAGGGGUCUGACAAGAGCCUCUCAAUGGAGGUCCGACUGGCCGCGGAGCGUGACUGGGAGGAGAAGCGAGCCAGCCUGACCCAGUACAGCGCUCAGGACAUCAACCGCCUGCUGGAGGAGACGCAGGCCGAGCUCAUGAAGGCCAUCCCUGACCUGGACUUCGCCGCCAAGCAGAUGAAGUCCCAGCAGUCCUUCAGCCAGACCAACCAGGCCAGCCAGAACAGCCAGAACAGCCAGCCUGCCAACGCCACCGGCAACACUAACGCUACACCCGAUCACCGACCCCCAAAACUCCAGCACUCCUCACACAAGAUCUCCAGAGAGGGAGGCUCCAGGCGCGGCUCAGAUGAACUGACAGUUGCGAGGUAUCGCAUGGAGAAGCACUCCAAGUCCCCGCCUCCACCCCCUCCCAGGCGCAGUUUCCCAUCAUCCCCUGGGCCUACCAGCCGCAGCGGAGAGCCCAUAACGUCUGAAAAGAGCCUCAAGAAGUGCGAGUCUGAGGACUCCGACAUGCCUAAACCCAUGGUGAAGCUGAGGAAGAGCCUGUCUGAAGUGCCCCGUCCGGCCUCCACCCCCCCCACCACAGGAGCCCAGAGGGAAGGGGCCGACGAUGAGAGGAACCACGCUGACAUGGAGGUGCCCCGCAUCGUGCUGACCGAGUGUCAGUCCGAGGCUCCGCCCAACGGGGCCCACCAACCAGUCCCGCAGUACACCGUAACGGUAAGAGACCGGUUCAGGCGAGGCCCCCACCGGCACAGUGUGACGGGAGCCGAAACGCUGGCGUGGAGACAGGGCCUGGUAACGGACAGCAGAGAGCCCCAGAGGAAGCUCAAAGCGGAAGGCUCCACCGAGUCACUUCCUGCUCUCGAGAGCCUCCCAGAGGGGCAGGAGGGCGCCCCAGAGGGGCAGCAGGCCCAGCCCACGGGGGCAAAGGCCCCAGGGGAGGACAUCCGCAGCAGGACCUACCGCCGGCUGGACAGCCUGGAGGAGACCAUCAGGGAGCUGGAGAACUCCCUGAUGGAGUUUGGAGCUCACCCCAGCUCCGGGCUCCUCUCCCCCCUCACACCUCCAGCCGAGGGUGCUCCCUCCAACAGCGCACAGCAGCCUGACCAGACGCCCACGGAAUCCGCAGGGUCAGGGGGGAACAAGAGGCCUCCGGUCCCGCCAAAGCCCUCCAUCAGACCUCCUUACGUCCAGGGUGGAAACAGCGCCUCCUCUGGUGGAGGUAAAGCACUGCACUCCUCCUCCUCAGCAGCCUCGCGUCUCAAGCACCUGCAGCAGAGCAACCCAGAGAAGAGCAAGCUGUCCAAGCAGCGCGAGGAGUUCCUCAAGAGCCAGGGCCAGCUACAGGCCCUGGGUGGCAGCUUCCUCACCGACCCCAUCCUCACGGGCACCCGCGCAGCCAGUUUCUCCGGCCGCCUGCCCUCCUCGGGCGGCUCGGGGCCGACAGUAGCCCUGUUCGCCCCGGGCCUCCGCAAGUAUCCCCAGGACGGCAGCAGCAGCGGUGGCGGGGAUCACCCAGCGUUCAGCGCGUCCUCCAGCCAGGCGAGGGCGCUGUUGGCCAGCCUGGGCGCCGAGGCCCUGCUGCUCUCCUCCACACUGCGCCAGCACCGGCUCCUCCACCCAUCGGCGACGGCGCAGACCAACGGGCGUUCGGCCUCCUCGCUGUCCCCCACCACCUCCCCCACCGCCACGACCCCUUCCGUGUCCCCCUCCACCUCCCCCUCCACCUCCUCCUCCCCUCUCACCUCCCUCACACUCUCCUCUCUGGGCCUGAAGAGCGUGGGCCACAGCCUCAAGUACCCCAUGUCCAGCCUGGGAGGGCAGAAGGAGGGCAGAAGCAAGACCCUGCCCAAGGCCACAUCAUACGGAGCAGAGUGAGGACCAGGAGGAGAAGCAGCAGCAGCAUCCAUAUGCCAAAAAAGACCCCCCCCCCUCCCAACCACAUCCCCCUUUUAAAGGAUCGAGGAGACUGUAAAAAAAACAAACAAACAUGGCACACAAAGACACGACUUGCCUCUAACUCAAGUUUUGUUUUGCCUUUGCCAGUUUUAUUCUUUUUUUUACUUCAUUUAUUUUUUUUCAUUUCACUCUAAUCAUCCAGUUUUGGAGUUAAGCAGACUUCAUCUCCAUCUCCUUCCAUCCUCCAUCCUUUCCCUUCUCCAUCUGUGGGUCUCCCUACCAUCUGGGGCUUAGGCCGGGCUCGGCUUGUGGCCUGUCCCAGCCACGGUGCCCUCAGGUCGGGCCCGAGUCCCACCGCCUGCCUGGCUGGACCAGAGCUCCAUGGAACAGACGGGCAGUCCUCCGUGCGCUGGCACUCGGGCGUGGGAGGGUGAGAGAAACCAGCUGGACCCAGGCUCAUCACGCACCACCACCCAUUUGCCAAAAUCUCCCAUCGGAAUGUAGUGGAGGCGGACCUCCUUCUAGUAUACUAUCUAGACUGUGAACUAAGUUAUUAUAACGAGUAGAGUUGCAAUAAUAGCAAGAACAGUGAAUAGUUUUUCGGUGUAUGUCCAGAUUUUCAUCACCAAAAGAGUGGGAAUCGUGUUGAGGCAGAGGUGGAAAAAAAACGACAAAAAGACAUGUAUAUGUGAAACACAAUUUGAUGUGCUUCUGUUCUAGACCUGUUGACACAAAACAAUGUUUCAAUCUACUGCAUAUUUCAGCACUGGUGCUAUCACUUUACUGAACAUUUUUCAAGGAUUGGUCUUCAAUUUCAAAACUUCAGCUCCAUCCCCAUGCACACACACACACACACACACACACACACAAAGCCCACACACUCACUGCCUUUACCCAAAACAUUCCAUGAUGUCACCUUUUUGGCCACCAUCUUUUCUGUGUGUGUGUGUGGGCAUUUGGUUGGCAUAGCAACAGACACAGGGCUGUGGGAUGUUGGACGCUGUCGCUCGAGGCGGGAUUACCGAGGCUGCAGGAGCUCUGCUGGCAUCCUCAAAGCAGCAGGGUCCAUUGGCAUCCCCAAGCGUACUUUUAGGAUUUAGUCCUGGGAAAAGCAUAAACAACACUGCCCAGAGAAAGUGACAGCAGCAAAAGGGAACAAUCAAUAUGAAGUCUUUAAUUUGAAUGCUGGGCAAAAUACAAAGUCAGUCUAUGAACCAAAUUAUUGUUCAUGAACUACGGUAUCAUGGGGCGUGAGACAGCUUUUAGCUGACCCACUAAUGUUAGUGCUUCUGCUCCUCAUGGUAUUACAUCUGCAAAUAGAUUUUGCAUAGCUAUUACGCAAGCUUUAGUUAGACUUUAGAUUUUGCACUUUGCCAAGCAUUUAAAUUAGGGCCCCAUGUGGAAAUAUCAGCUUGACCAUGAUAGAUAGUCCUUAAUAGCCAGUUAUAGCACAAGAUUCUACUAUAGAGAAACACAGGAAAUUGAGAGUUAGUGAGUAGUUAGCCGUCAAUAGUAGUUCACUGAAGAAGCACAAGUUACAUUUGUGGACCAAGGGGAAAUAUGCCUGAGGCAUACUGACAAUUCCCCUCUAUCAAGGGUACCUGAGCAUUUGAAAAUGGGACAGAGUUAGUCACCCAUACAUGGUCAGCACUUUGGGAAUACACCUUAGAGGGGCUUUAAGGUGUCGCACAGUCAGCCUUGUCUGGAAGAAGCUCUGCACGUUCCAGUGCUCCCUGCCGUGAGGCUUAGAGUGGGCUUCAGUCAGCGUGGCACGGGUAGCUAGGAUGGAGGACAGGGGAGUGUGUGUGUGUUUGUGUGUGGCUCAGUGUGUGUGUGUGUGUGGCUCAGUGCAUUAGAGGCAGCAGGAGUGACAAGUUUCCUCUCCUCGCGGCUCUGGCUGUCAGCACAGCACAAGUGCUCCCUUUCCCCACUUUUUCUCCCCUCCUCCUUGCCUCCCUUUUAUGUUGAGGAUGCAUCACUGAGACAGCCCGGGGAUGUUUGGGUUAUAAAAGCCUGAGAUGCAGAAGCGAAGGCGAAGGGGACUUGGGGAGGGAAAAAAGGAAGAGGGACAGAACUAGGAUAGAGCUGCAUGGCCAGUUUCGAACAAGUGUAUUUCACUUAUUGUCACAAAUGUUUAGAUGAGAUAAACGUCAUCUGCAGGGGAAAGCACAUUUGGGGACUGGGGGAUGGUUUCAGUUUUAGGGAACACUACAAAGGGGAUCGGGCUGAAGAGUGUGGGGAGAGGAAACAGUGUUCUUUCACUGGUUAAAAAAAAAAAAAUAUUAGCAUUCACCUCCAGUUCUCAGGAGGUUCCUGCUAGUGUUGUUCCUCCAUCUGAAUGUUGUCUGUGUGGGAGUACGUUUGUCUGCUCUUGACCACCCACCAGGCUGAAUUUGACUCCCUCCGAUUGGGGUUAAGGGAAAAUUCGAUAAAGCUGUUCCGAGGCCUGUGGCAGGCAGAAGGUGCCAUCAGAUGAGCGCGGUGGGGAUUUGCUGUUUGUCAUUCCUGUUUGUGGCUUAUCAAGCUGUGUGUGUGUGUAUGCUGGCAUCUGGCAGAUCUUGUGUAGAGCACAGAUAAUAAGUGCUGGCAGCACUGAAAGUCUAUUCACUGAAUAGUGAGAAGCACAAGUAGACCACCCCCACCCCAGAAAAAAGGCAGAGAGGAAAACAAAAGGCUUGGGCGGAAAAAAAAAUGACAAAACCAUCUCCAUUCCAUCAACGCUGAAGAGGUAGCACUAGCCACACACUAGCACACCAGACUCGGCCCCCGGGUCUUCAGCGGUGAAGCCAAAUGAGAGAAAUUGUCUUAGUCAUGCGGCAGUAGACGCAUUCAGCUCUUGAGUCUGCCGCUCGCCGAGUUCCAUUUCCGUCGCCUCUCUCCCCCCUCGCCGUCCACCCGCAGUCAUCCAGGGUCAUGCUUCACUGGAGAUGCGGAGUGGUGUGUAGACCAUUCCACCCUUUGCUAGUUUGCAUUAUUCCUCUCCCCCCUGGAGUCAAGCCUGCACUGGGCAUAACUACUGUCAAGGGUACAUUUUAGGAUGUGUACAUUUCAGGGUAGGGAUUUAAGGAGCUUGGGUGUGCAGGGCUUUUCAUGGUAGGAUGUAUGUGGUGUUGGGUAGGUGUUUGUGUCCGUGUCCGUGUGUGUAAGUGUGUGUGUGUGUGAGUGAGGGGGGAUAUUUGUUAUAAAUGUUUUCAGUCAGUCAGCUCUGGAAGGUAAUGCAAAUAAGGUGUAACUCCACAAGACAAUGAGAAGAUGAGUAUUGUUUUGUAUUUUUUUAACACAACUGAAAAUGUACAAGGCUUGCGUUAAUAGAAAAAAACUACCUACAAUGAAAGGCAACAAUCAGACAGAAUCAGUCUCACUCUCUAAGGAGAAGCUUACACUGUAAAUUCAUGAAACUAUAUUGACACUAUUGGUGUUUUGUAGCCCUGGAAACCUACAAACAAACUACAGACAAAUCACACAGGGAUGCACUCUGAUCAUCACAUAUCAUCCUAUUUUUGAUUUCAUGUUAUUUGCUGACCAUUUCUUUGUACAGAUUGACCUUGUUUUAUAAUUCUUGAAAAAGAUAUAUCACACGGAUAGAUUAUUUAUUCAUGAGAGGAAAACAUUUUAUAUAUUGAGUUGAAAUAUUUACAGUACAUAUGUACAGUGGAAGUUCAUAUAUGUAAUAUACAGUUGGACUUUUUUAAUCAGUGAUUUUUUUUAAGUGUGUUUGAAAUGUUGA